AUGGCAGACUCGUCGCCGCCGCGCGCCGAGGAGAACACCAAGGCCAACCGUCAUGGCAACGGAGAAUGUCCCAUCCUAUCUUGCGACUUCGGAAAAGGUCCUGGCAAGGAGAAGAAUCGACACGACGUCUUCGCCCAUCUGCGUAAGAAGCACUACAUUACUGACUUACCGCAGCGCCCCCAGUCUGCAGUUAGUUUUGUUGAGCACAAUAAGGCUUGCUUGGAGCAUUUCGGCAAGUGGGCUGAUGAGCAUGGUGUCGAACAUGAGGGCGAAAAGUUCUUCAAGUACGCGAUAGCACCUGUGAAACGCAAUCCUCCCAAGAAAGCAAAAGUUCAAGCUGGUGUGGCAGCUGGCGGAUCCGCUGUUGGUUUCCCGCCGACGCAGACUCCACACCAGCCAGAAAAUGUCCUACCGUCAUCUGUUAUCCCAGCAGGUGUGGCAGCUGGUGGAUCUGCUUUCGCUUUCCCGCCGAUGCGAGCUCCAUACCGGCCAGAAAAUGUCCUGCCGGCAUCUGUUAUCCCAGCAGGUGUGGCAGCUGGCGGAUCCGCUGUUGGUUUCCCGCCAAUGCAGGCUCUAUACCAGCCAGAAACAUUCCUGCCGCCAUCUAUUGUCCCAGCAGAUACUCCCUGGUAUGGGCAGAGAAGAGCAGCCUUGCUCUACCCUGAGUCUGCGGAUGGGGAGGAGGAGGAGAACGACGAGGAGGACGACGACUGUAGUGCCAUUCCUGACAAUGCAGAGUACGGUAUUGUCCCUGAAGAAAAGCCAGAACUGAGCCAUAUCAUCUCGCAGCUUCGAGCUGGUUCAAGAUCUUUGACCUCAACGCUGCCCGAACUUCGCCGCAUUCUCGAUCAAGGACUGCACCACCAGCUCAUCGAUGCCUUCGUGAGCGUCCUCGGCGGUAGAGUAAGAGUAAGUGAUCUGAGGCACGACUCAGCAUACCGCUCGCUCCUCCUCGCUCUCCUCAUCCUGCACGCUUCCGAAACGUCUCGCUCUGGUCAUUUCCCAACAUCCUUGAUUACGAAGAUCGAGACAUACAGGCUCUGGCUGACCCAGCAGUCUGAUCUCGACUGUCCUCAUCAUCUCUACAAGCUCUACUGUGGUGGAUAUCGAGCAGAGAAUGGGUUCUUCGAUGUCAUGUAUGGCAUCUACGUGGAAGUCAUGACUCGGACUAAUAUCGAAACGGUCCCGUUGAUUGACUUUAGAUCUAUCGUCACCGAGCUUGGCGGCGAGGAGGAGGGGAAGCAUGCUGCAGCUUUUAGGGAUCAGUAUCGAGAGCUUCUGAUUAAGGACUACGAGCUACUCAAGACUUGUCUCAUCAAGGCUAUGAAGGCUUGGCUGGAGGACUACUCGCAUUUCAACCAAGCUUUCUUCCAACAUCUUGUCUUUGAGCUCGAUGCUGAAGAGGAGGCGAGGGAUCGCAUGAGAAGGGAGAGACAGGUUCAGUGA